AUUUUAGAAUGGGGUGCCCUUUUAAAAUUAUGGACAGUCUUGAGGCACCCCAUUUUAGAAUGGGGUGCCUCGGGACUGUCCAUAAUUUUAAGGUGUGUCUCGGGACUGUCCAUAAUUUUAAGGGGUGCCUCAGGACUGUCCAUAAUUUUAAGGGGUGCCUCGAAACUGUCCAUAGUUUUAAGGGGUGCCUUGGGACUGUCCAUAAUUUUAAGGGGUGCCUCGGGACUGUCCAUAAUUUUAAGGGGUGCCUCGGGACUGUCCAUAAUUUUAAGGGGUGUCUCGGGACUGUCCAUAAUUUUAACGGGUGCCUCGGGACUGUCCAUAAGUUUAAGGGGUGCCUCGGGACUGUCCAUAAUUUUAAGGGGUGCCUCGGGACUGUCCAU